GCAGAGAACAUAAAUAUGAGAAGUGACUUUGUUACACAACAUUCUACUAUGUCUUUGAAACGUUUAAGUAUGAAAUCUUCAUCUGUGCAUUAUAUGCAAAACUCUAUAAAUUCUUUAGCUUCUCCUGCAUUUCCUAGGACUUCCUCCCUUCUACAGCAAGUACCCGAAUAUGGGAUAGUCACCUUAGACAUAGCUUCGAGUUUAGAUAGACAACACACCUUUAGAAAGAAUCAAGAUUGGAAUAACUUGUUGAAGAAAAUUGUCAGUUUGUUUCAGCAGAAAGAUGUCAUGAACCCGGGUGAAUUGUUUAGUCUCCAUGAGAAUAUCAGAAAUAUUCUAGGAUCAAAAACGGGACCAUUUAUCUUCGAUUAUUAUAAGCAAGAAUUAUUACCAAGAGGGAUGAUCAUCUUGAGAGAGAAUAUAAGGCUAGAAGAAGGUGAAAAGUUAUUAGUUAUGCUGGAAGAAAUUUGGAAUUAUUUUUUUAAGAAGAUUUUACCUGCUUUAGAAGCAAUAUUGUAUUUAAUUAAGACUAAAGAAAUAUUGACGGUUAGGCAAACAGCUCUUGUUAGUUUUCGCGAUUUUAUCUUACUAAAAAUUAAAAUUGAAGAAGCUCUACAAAAAGUCAAUUAUAAAGUUUCUUCCGGAAUUAAGCACAUGUUCCUUAUCUUGCAGGGAGUCAAUGAUAGCUAUCCUCCAAAUAAAAAUAAAUUAAAGUUGGAGUCGAUUUUGGCCAGAAUCAUAAACCCUUUUCUAGGAUUUAGAGGUCUUUACCAAGGAGGUUCCGAGCCCGUUAUCCCUUCAAUGGAGCCAGCUAUAGCUGCUAGAAGGAAGUCUGCAGAUUGGAGGCGUAUAUCUCGUCCACUUAGCGUUCAACCUCAACAAGUGGAGACUCUAACCGAACUCUUUAUCAAUGCCCUAAGGAAACAAGAAAAUUCGUAAUUUCCAUUAGAUAUUAUCGAAAUUAUAAGAAGAUAAAUCUAAUAUGAGGAAUAAGAAAGACUCGAAAUAACCGAUUGCUUCCAUCACUAAUAGUAAACGACAAGAAACAGAUCCAUAAAGAUGCUGAUGAUUAUAGCUUAUACUGCGAAUAGGAGAAUGGCUUAAAAAAAGUAGUGAUUACUGAGGAGAAUGGAGUAAAAAAAAAACGCCAGAAUGACGAUGAUAAAUCUAGACCAAUGUUACAAAUUGUAAGCGAGGAAAGUAAUUCAGUGAUACGAUAUAUGUAGGAGAUAUUUAUGUAAUUGAAAAUAGGAAAACGAUCAUCACCAGUUAGUUUGUAAGAUACUGCCAUCUCUCGUCAUCGAAGAGGAUUAAAAUAUUUAUAAAUCUACCUUGGAACGUGGCCAAGUGGUAUUAUAUACUUCACAGCAUAUAGUUAUCGCUGAUUACACUAUCGAUCUAACCUUAUAUCGAAGAGAAUUACACAUUUAGAUUUGACGUAUAAUAAUUAUGAAGGAGCUAUCAAAUUGAGUGACGCUUCAAAUUAUCUUCGAUGCAUCAUAAGUUUCCGGAGAAAAUUUUUUUUACAUUUUUAGAAUAAAAAAUUAAGUAUUUACUUUAUUUUAAAGCGAAACAAAACUCGGAAUUUAGCGAAAAUUCGGUAGUUUUGUUUGGCAUACAACUCUAUCCAAAAAUAUACAAAAUGUUCGAUUUUCAAGGACAAUCGCAUCUUGAUACACUUCAAUAUGUCUUUCCAUAUAUAAUAUAAGUAACUUAUACGCGUAUAUAUAACUAAAUGAACGAUAUCUAGAAGGAUAAACGGGCCUUUAAUGUUGAAAAAUUCGGGAAGUUUCAAUUUACUAAGAUGAUUUAGACAUGAAAAUGUGGAUCGUAUCCGAUGAUGAUAACGUGUAGGAUGCAGAACGGAUGGAUGGAGAAAUGUCGACUUUUAAAUUAACAGCUUCUAGAGCCUCAAGACAUAUAAGGUACGACCACCUCUAAGAUAGUAUUACCAGUAUCUAACAUCAGCGUUUCUAGAAUAUUUUAAAGCAGAACGGUUAUUUUUAGAUCCCAAUAGCAUCAUUCGUGUUCCUUAGGUAAGAUAAAUCUCGGUCGACGAAUCUACUUCUUCAUUACCCAAGUUAUAGCAGCUAUCGUUGACAACCUUUAAACACUCGUCAAAGAUUAAAGAUAAAAAUUUCGGAAACGAAUUAAAAUCGAUACGAAUGAAAGGUUUAAAAACGUAUUUUCUGUGUAAACAACUUCCGCAUUCUAUAUAAGGAUCGCUUACUAGUAUCUUAAACAA